AGAUUCCUUCCUUAUCUCUCUCCUUUGAUUUUUUUCACUCUUCCUCCUCCUUCUCUCUCUCUCUCUCUCUAUCCCUUGUGUGUCGGUGAUCAGAUCUCGCGCCGACGAAAACGUGCGAUUAAAGCAAAUGCUCUUGCUGUUCGCACUCUGCUUUCAUCAAUUCCUCCAUUCAUCUUAAUAGCUGCCUCCUCCUGCUCUCUUUGUUUGGUUGUUGAUUCCUCGGUUUGUGUUUUCUCUGUUUUCCGUGGUGGGGGUGAAAUUGAGAGGUGAAUGAGAAAUUCGCCUGCGAUUCUGUCUCUGUCGGUGGAGGAUUGCCGGAGGAGCAGAACCAGGUCUGAUUCUAGCUUUGCGAUUUCGUGGUCCAGUGGUCGAUGGGGCCAAUGCGGCUGAUCUGAUUCAAUCAAUUCCAGAUCGAAUCUAGGGUUUUUAAAUUCCGGGUUUUUUUUCAAUUGUGUGUGUCUGUGUUUCAAUUGAGUCAUGAUGCAGCAAGAUCAUCGUAAAAAGAAUAAUCUGGAGAUGGAGUUCUUCUCUGACUAUGGCGAUGCCAACAGAUUUAAAAUUCAAGAAGUUAUUGGUAAAGGAAGUUAUGGAGUUGUUUGCUCUGCCAUUGACACCCUUACCGGUGAGAAAGUGGCUAUCAAGAAGAUUCAUGAUAUUUUUGAGCAUAUAUCUGAUGCUGCUAGGAUUCUACGUGAGAUCAAACUGCUUAGGCUCCUAAGGCAUCCAGAUAUCGUUGAGAUUAAGCACAUUAUGCUUCCUCCUUCCCGAAGAGAAUUCAAAGAUAUUUAUGUUGUUUUUGAGCUCAUGGAAUCUGAUCUUCAUCAAGUUAUCAAAGCCAAUGAUGAUUUGACUAGAGAGCAUUACCAGUUUUUCCUCUAUCAGUUAUUGCGUGCACUCAAGUACAUUCACACAGCUAAUGUCUACCACCGAGACCUGAAACCAAAGAACAUAUUGGCAAAUGCAAACUGUAAACUAAAGAUUUGUGAUUUUGGACUGGCAAGGGUUGCAUUCAAUGAUACUCCCACAACAAUCUUUUGGACAGACUAUGUUGCUACAAGAUGGUAUAGAGCGCCAGAGCUUUGUGGAUCUUUUUACUCUAAGUAUACACCCGCAAUUGACAUCUGGAGUAUAGGCUGCAUUUUUGCGGAGGUAUUGAUGGGAAAACCACUUUUCCCUGGGAAGAAUGUGGUACACCAGCUGGAUCUAAUGACUGAUCUGCUAGGGACACCUUCCCUGGACACCAUCUCGCGGGUAAGGAACGAAAAGGCAAGGAGAUACUUAACAAGCAUGCGGAAAAAGCCACCCAUUCCGUUUGCUCAGAAAUUUCCAAAUGCGGAUCCUUUGUCUCUAAAGUUGUUGGAGAAGCUUCUUGCUUUUGAUCCAAAAGACCGGCCAACUGCUGAAGAGGCACUUGCUGACCCAUAUUUCAAGGGAUUAGCAAAAGUGGAAAGGGAGCCUUCAUGUCAGCCCAUCACAAAGAUGGAAUUUGAGUUUGAGAGAAGAAAGGUCACUAAAGACGAUAUCAGAGAGUUAAUUUCUAGGGAGAUACUUGAAUACCAUCCUCAACUGCUUAAAGAUCACAUGAACGGUGCUGAUAAAGCCAGUUUCCUCUACCCAAGUGCUGUUGAUCAAUUUAGAAGACAAUUUGCGCAUCUUGAAGAAAACAGUGGUAAAUCAGGCCCUGUGGCGCCUCUAGAAAGGAAACAUGCCUCUCUUCCCCGAUCAACGGUCAUACACUCAACCACAGUAGCGAGAGGAGGACAACCAAAACUUGUGAAUAACACAAACACAUUGAACCCUGAAACUACUCAAAACAUUCCUCUUAAUCAUGCAACAUUACAAGCACCUCAAAGAAACCUCUCAGCCGCCAAACCAAACACAUUCAUGGGCCCUGUCGCACCUUUCGACAAUGGGAGAAUCAGCAGAGAUGCUUAUGACCCAAGAUCAUUCAUCCGGAGCACCAAUCCCCCCUUUGCACAACAGUCUGCUGCAACAGUCUCCAUGGGAAAGCAGCAAGAGAGAAGAGCAACUAUGGAGUCUGAGAAGCAGGCAAGACAUAUACCUCAGUAUAAUAGAUACGCACCAGAUGUAGCCAUCAACAUAGAUAACAACCCGUUUAUCAUGGCUCGAACGGGAAUGAACAAAGCAGAAAACAUCAGCGACCGGAUUAUAAUCGAUACAAAUCUGUUACAGGCAACCGCCGGAAUAGGAGUUGCAGCAGCGGCUGCAGCUGCUGCGCCUGGUGGUUCUGCUCACCGGAAAGUUGGAGCAGUUCGGUAUGGUAUGUCGAAGAUGUACUAGUCCCCACCUAAGCGGGAGCUUUGAUCACACGAAACAUCAAUUAUAAACGGAUGUUAAAUAGUCUGGCAUAUAAAAUGGACAAGAAAGGUUCUGAGCUUUUCACGUUUAAAAGAACCGCUGGCUAGAGAGGAUGGAUCAGGGUGGAUGCGCAUGAUGAUGAUGAUGGUUUUCAUGGCAAAUCCGAACGCAUGUGGUGGUGGGAACCCAUAUCACAUUCACAGGCGCCACUUUGUUCUUCCAAUGUCAGUAGAAAAAGAAAGCUGUAUCGUCACUUGAUCAAAACUUUUUAACCAAACGAUUUGUGUAUAUGUUUUUUGUGUAAACAGAUGAAUUCGCCUAUUUUUCAUCUUAAACAUGUUCCAUCUUAUACCACACUUCUUAAAA